ACUAACUCGUGAGAGAGAGAUGAGUUCAAAGCAAGUAAUUUGUGGGUUUAUAACUUUGGUUUUGAUUUUAAGUCAUUCUUUUAUGUUGGAAGCUCAACUUCAAGUAGGGUUCUAUGCAGGUUCUUGUAAUUUGGCCGAGUUCAUUGUCAAACAAGAAGUUAGAAAUGCACUUAUUAGGGACAAGGGAGUGGCUGCUGGCCUAGUUAGAAUGCAUUUCCACGAUUGCUUUGUUAGGGGCUGUGAUGGAUCCGUGCUGAUUGACUCGACUCCAUCCAACACAGCGGAGAAGGAUUCUCCGGCUAAUAAUCCGAGCCUUCGAGGGUUUGAAGUCAUUGACAGUGCUAAGGCUAGACUUGAAGCUAUAUGCCAAGGAGUUGUUUCAUGUGCUGAUAUACUGGCUUUUGCAGCAAGGGAUAGUGUUGAAAUUACGGGAGGAUUUGGCUAUGAUGUUCCUGCUGGUAGAAGAGAUGGCAGAAUUUCUUUAGCUUCUGAGAUACCAGCAAAUUUGCCACCUCCUACCUUCAAUGUAGAUCAACUCACUCGAAACUUCGCAAAUAAGGGAUUCACACAAGACGAAAUGGUUACGCUUUCUGGUAAGUCUUCUUGUGCAUACUACAUAGCAACUUAUGGCAUGACUUAAAAUAAAUUGUCUCUU